CCGCGAGUUUGUAUUGGUUAUAUUGAGAGAAUUUAGUGCCAUGAACGAUUUCACUCAUUGACAGGCUUUUGUCUGCUCACGUUCACCUGCCUUAUUGUCAUCAUCAUAUUGUGGCUAGAAAGAAUUUUUUGAUCAUGGAUGUACUCAAUGUACAUUUGCCGAGACUUUUGGACCUAGCUAGCAACUUUAAUAUUGAUUUGAGUGGAGUCUUAGCUGGCUAUGCUCAAAAGCUCAGGGACGAUGUUCCAGAAAUGGAAAAUUUUAGUUUUCCAGAAGCAGCUUUGCUGUUGCAGCACUGUGCUGAAAUUUAUGGAAGAAAAGUAGACUAUGUUUACAAUCUCGCUGUAGAACUGUGUGAAAAUAUGAAUGUUCGUAUGUAUGGACCAUCUGGCUCUGCCCCAGAGGAAAGUGUAGAUACUGCAGCUACUAUUACAAAAAAACUUAAUUCAAGGAGAAGAAAAACAAUUGCACACAUCUCUGUUGAAGAUUUCAAAUUUCAAAAAAUUUCCCUAGAUAAAACUAAAACAAUUCAUCAUCACAAAAAGAAAAAGAAGCACUGCAGAGAGGCUGUAUGCGUAAGGCUAGCAUCAGUAAAUUUAUUAAAUUCCCAUGAGUUACACAUUUUUGAGGAUGAUCAAUAUGCAAGCAUUGGUACAAAGGAUCAAUUCAGGUUGAACUGGCCUAUUGAACACAACUGUCAGAUAGAGGAAUAUGUUUAUAAUGAUGGAGGCUCAAGAAGUGUAUGGGAUGUCAUGGAUGUGGGUGUUUCUAACAUGCCAACACCUGAGUACAGUGAUGAUGGCCGGCAUGAUGUUGCCUCAGAAGAUACUCAAGUGUUAGACAAUGAAUGCACUUACGAAACUGGGUUGUUUGAUGAUGAACCCGAAUCAAACAUUCCCUUUGUUUCUUCUGAGUCCAACCUUCAGGAAAAGGUGACUGAUGCUAUGGAAGAAUCCAUCCCAGAAAGUCAAAGCCCCUCAAAAGAAAUUGACAAACCACCAGAAAAUAAACAAGUUAUGUUUAAACUUCCGUAUGAGUUAACAAAGAAGGGCCUGCGAGGUGGCAAACCGGAAAAAAAUAUUACACUAUUUUUAUUCUCCGACUAUUUGAAAAGAGAGCUUAAAAUGGACGGCCUUCUUCCUCCAAUGUCAAACAAAAAAGGAGACAAAAAUUUAAUUAGUAAACAUGUGCAGUACAUUAAAAAGAGAUAUAAAUUGGAAGAAAAAGAUAAGGGGUUUACUCCAGUUUCUCUGUUAGAAAAUCAGACAGAUUUUCUGGGAUUUGAAGAGGUCGUCCUUGAUGAUUCACCUGACACUGAUACCAAUGAAUAUGACAAUGGUGAUAAUUUUAAUGAAACAGGAGAUGAUAAUGGUGAUAACUUUAAUGAAACGGGAGACGUUGAUCUAACAAAUAGUAAUGAAAAUGAUAAUUAUGACAAUAUAUUGUCUUUUCAAGAGAAGAUCCAAAAGGAUUUUAAUGCCAUUAAGAAGACUGUUGUAGACAGUGAAGGUGUAUCAAAUUGGAGGCAUUUCAUUCAAACCAAACUUGCUGGAGAGGAGCAGCAAACAAAAUUUGAUGUGCAUGAGUAUGGUACAAAUAUUAUCAAUUCCUUCCAAAAUGUUGGCCAAACUUUACCUUUCAGUGAUAUCGUUAAAGGAAUGGAUCAUAGAGAGAUUAGUCGAUAUUUUGUCUCCUCUUUGAUGAUGGCGAACACUUCCAAUUUACUACUCGCACAUGAUGGCCCCGACACCCUUCAGUUAACUUUAAACCAUACAGAAAGACAUCAUGACAUGGAGGAUAUACUUGUACCCCCUUCAGUGGGUGGCCUUUCUAGUCCUUCAAGGCAGUCAAAGCGGAAGGCAGACUGUGAAAGUGAUGAGGAGGGAAUCUCUGACAGGAGGCUCAAAAAACAAGUUCCAGGGAGUGGCCCAUGGAAGAAUAAAAGCAAGAAGGGAGGAGGAAAAUAAUAUCCUUGCUAUAGCUACUGCAUGCUAAGAAUUUUAAAAAAUAUUGGAUGGAUUGAUUGUUUGUUAAUAAUAUCUGUCUAGUCAGUCUAUUUGCAAACCAUUGGUACCUGUUGCAUUUUACACUAGAUAGCGUUAUGAAUUGUACCUUAUUUUUAAACUGAUAUUUAGAUAGGGGAAAGGGUAAUUUAAUUUGUGAUAUCCAAAGAACACAUGCCACCUUCAUGAGAUGGACUGAUGUACUUAUUCUUAUGAAGGUGAUAAACGUUGUUUUUAAGCAGUUGCAUGUCAGCUUACAUUCCAAAAUCUAAAUUUUAAGUAAUUGUAGAUCACCCAUUUGUUUCCUUUUGUGCCAAGAAACUGAAGUCCCUUUGAACCAAAUUUCUUUUCUAUGUAUGUUGAUGUUAUAAUGUUAUUUUAUGCUGUUAUUACACAUGUAUACCUAAAGAUCCAGCUCAAUUAUUUCUCCUUCAUUGGAGACCUUUCAAGAGUUUUGUGCUGUUUAUCAAUAGUAGUUUUUGAUUAUUUGUGUAAUCAAUUUGAUGUUGGGGUGUAUGUGAUAAAACAAGUGCUGUGCUCUUGAAAAUUUGGACUGCUUUAUAACAGAUAUUUUUGUGUUUAGCUGAAAUGUUUCAAACAUUCAAGAACUGAAUUAUUUUCAAAUGUAGUAUUGAGGUCUUGCCUCUAUUGGUAAAUGUUUAUUGUUAGGAAUGUUAUAGCAUAGUCAGUAUGUUGAAUAAAAUGUUUUGUUUCUUCCAAAAA